GCCCAAUAAGAACGUCAAGUAAAGGCACACUGUGACCAUGGCCAACACAAGAGGAAUUUCACACACUGGUGUGAUUUUGCUAACACUUCUUAUAUCUGACAUAUUUGUGAUGAAAAUGAUGGUGUUCUCCUACCCUCUUUGCACUCCGGGAAGUUUCCAAUGCCAGGUUCUCAUCAGUGACCUAUUUGACCGGGCAGUCAGACUCUCACACUAUAUCCAAUCUCUCUCUACGGAAACGUUUGAAGAUUUUGAUCAACGCUAUUCUCAGGGGCGUUCUUUCAUAACAAAGUCCAUGAACAACUGCCAUACAUCUGCACUGCCUACACCAGAGGACAAGGACCAAGCUUUACAGAUAAAACAUGAAAAUCUGAUGAGUAUUGUGCAAACGUUAUUACGCUCCUGGAACAAGCCUCUUGAACACUUGGUCUUGGAGGUCCCAGAUAAUAUUGCCAGGAAAGUGAAAGAAAUUGAGGAACAAACCAAAUCCCUGCAGGGAGGAAUAGACAGAAUCGCGAGCAGGAUGCAAACUAAUCUGGAAGCUGACGUUUACCCCCCAUGGUUUGGACCCGUGGAUACUGCUGUACCCAAUGGAGAAUCACAGCUCUUCUCGAUCUACCACCUCCUGCAUUGUUUCCGCAGAGAUUCUAACAAGAUAGACAACUACUUGAAGAUCCUUCGGUGCCGCAUGAUUCAUGCAAACAACUGCUAGGCUAUAAUCAUGACUCAACAACUAUGACACCUCACUACAAAAUAUAUGAGCCUAGAAUUUAGAAUGUGCUUCAAUUAGAUAAUUUCAACAUGUCCAGAAAAAAGAAUACCCUAAAUGAUUUUAUGUAAAGCUUAGAAAAAUCUAAAAUCUAGAAGUACAGUACCCAACCUUUGUAAUAGCUCAAAGUUGAAGUGCCAUGUUCCCCAAAUCGGACAACUAUACAAUACAUGCAGAAUGUGAUGUUCUAGGUUCUGGCCACCCUCAAGAAGAGUGCUUACAAAGAUGUCUACAGCAAGAAAUAGAUGUAAAAUUAUUUCACAAUAAGUUAAUUUAAGUUAUAUCUUUCUGCUGAUGUUCUAAAUAUGCUUCAAUUUGUACAACAAAUGAAUGUUAUUGGAAGCAAUAAAUUCCAUGCAUUAAUACCCUU